GGACCCGCGUCUCUGCUCCGCCCUGUGUGCUCAUAAAGCCCGGGUGUAACCUGUACUUGGCCUUUAGUGCCCCGGCAGCGACGCCGGGCGGGGCAGCGGCGGAACCUUUCCGGACCUUUCUUGGGGUGAGCCUCGCUCUCCCCGCCUCCAAGCCUCCGCCGGGGGCCGGGCGGGCGGGGCCCCAGAGAAGGCCGGGAGCCCGGCUGGGAGCUGCAGGUUUUGCGGGGCUCACAGCUGUGGCGGGAGGCUACGCUCGCCGCUAGUAUACUGGUGCCUCCCCAUUGGUUGACCCCAACUGGAAGCCAGAGGACCAGCGGAUGCCCACCUUACAGCCUGAUCCAGUCUGAAGAUGACCCCGCUGUUCGCCAUGGUGUCCAGCCCCCGUGCCCGGCUCUUUGCCUGCUUCCUCAGGCUGGGUGCUCAGCAGGCCAGCCCAUUUCAGCUGCACACAGGGGUCGGCCUAGCAGCCAAGAACCACUAUGAGGUGCUGGUGCUGGGUGGGGGCAGCGGUGGGAUCACCAUGGCCGCGCGUAUGAAGAGGAGAGUGCAGGCAGAGAAUGUGGCCAUCAUUGAGCCCAGUGAAAGACACUUCUACCAGCCAAUCUGGACACUGGUGGGUGCUGGUGCCAAACAGUUGUCUUCAUCUGGCCGUCCCACAGCAAGUGUGAUUCCAUCUGGUGUAGAAUGGAUCAAAGCUAGAGUGGUUGAGCUGAACCCAGACAAGAACUGCGUCCACACAGACAACGGCAAGGAGAUCUCCUACAAAUAUCUUAUUAUUGCUCUCGGAAUCCAGCUGGACUAUGAGAAGAUUAAAGGUCUACCUGAAGGUUUUGCUCAUCCCAAAAUAGGGUCUAAUUAUUCAGUUAGCACGGUAGAGAAGACAUGGAAAGCUCUGCAGGACUUCAAGGAAGGCAAUGCCAUCUUUACCUUCCCAAAUACUCCGAUAAAGUGUGCUGGAGCCCCACAGAAAAUCAUGUAUUUAUCGGAAGCCUAUUUCAGGAAGACAGGGAAGCGAUCCAAGGCCAAUAUCAUCUUCAACACUUCUCUUGGAGCGAUUUUUGGGGUUAAGAAGUAUGCUGAUGCCCUGCAAGAGAUCAUCCAGGAGAGGAACCUCACUGUUAACUACAAGCAAAACCUCAUUGAAGUCCGAGCUGAUAAACAAGAGGCUGUGUUUGAGAACGUGGACAAACCUGGAGAGACCCAAGUGAUUUCAUAUGAAAUGCUUCAUGUUACACCACCAAUGAGCUCACCAGAUGUCCUCAAGACGAGUCCUGUGGCUGAUGCUGCUGGCUGGGUGGAUGUGGAUAAAGAAACUCUACAGCACAAGAAAUACCCAAAUGUGUUUGGGAUUGGGGACUGCACCAACAUUCCUACAUCAAAGACUGCUGCUGCAGUAGCUGCCCAGUCAGGAAUACUUGACAGAACAAUUUCUCUGAUUAUGAAGAAUGAAACACCAACAAAGAAGUAUGAUGGCUACACGUCAUGUCCUCUGGUGACUGGCUACAACCGUGUGAUACUUGCGGAGUUUGACUACAACUCUCAGCCCCUGGAAACCUUCCCCUUUGACCAGAGCAAAGAGAGACUUUCCAUGUACAUCAUGAAGGCUGACCUGAUGCCUUUCCUGUACUGGAAUAUGAUGCUAAGGGGUUACUGGGGAGGACCAGCCUUCCUGCGGAAGUUGCUACAUUUGGGUGUGCGUUAAGGAUGGUUCAACCCUUGCUCUCCUUGGAUGGCUUCUGGACCCAAAGCACAGUCAAUAAUUGACCAAGAGCAGCAUGAAGAACUCAAAAUCUAACCCUGUAAAGAGUUUACUGCUGGAUGAUGGGUGAUGGUGACUAAAUGCCUCCCUUUUCAAGAACCUUUGCACAGCCACCAUGCAGACUGCCCAGGAUGACACUGAUUUUUUGGAAAUAUUAAAAUGAAAGAAUAGAUGUCUAUUUUUUAACUAAAAACUUGUCAUUGA